AUGCAGAUCUUCCUGGUUGGCUACAGCGGGCACAAGCCCUCGAUUAUUUUUACCGCAUCGAGUUUCCGCUCAGCAGAGCAACUGGUCUCUCUAACGGCUUGCCCAGCAGCAUCAAGACAUCCCACCAAUAAAUCCCCGGCCACCACUUUAACGAACCAUUUCACCUCUCCCACCAAAUACCCUGCAUCUGAUCCACAGGUGGAGAUCCUCAAUCCAGCCGCCUCUCGGUCCUGUAACGCCCCUGGCUUAAGGCAGUAG